AUGCAGGAUGAAGCAACUGUUGCAGGAUUUGAAGUUUUAAGAUCACCUGAUGCAAGUUACAACAAUGUAUACCCUGGGAAUGAAGAUGAGGCACGGGAUCCGCCUCUUGUCCCUCCACAUCUGCAACAGACCUUACUUAGUUAUCCAGCAAGCGCAGACACUGCUGGAACUCUUCCGUUGCCACAGAAUGUGACCCUCAAUCAUCUUUACAUUGAGAACCGGGAGAGCCCACGAUCUGUAGUUGCACUUGGGUUCACUCAUCGCUUUCGUUCAAAAUUCGUUACAGUUGUGCUUUACAAACCAGUUCAAAGAAGGGGGACUACCAGCAGUUAG